CUUGUAGAAAUAAUGUUUCGAGCAUUUUUCAAACAUCACUACUAAAGUGCUUUAUUCCCCCCUUAUUUAUAUUGCCUCAUUUUUCCCUUAUUUAUUAUCACCGUUUUGCCAUAGUUAAAAUGUAGAAUUCUCUUUUCCUUUUAAACAUAAAGAAAUAUCUGAUUAAAGUAAGACCAUAUCCAUUUUAUAUAAGGAUUUAUUUAACAAAAAUACUUUAUUAGUUGUGCUGAAUUUGAAGGAUUCUUGUAAUGAUAAAAACAAUUAUAAUUGGACAGAGUUCUCAGUUUUAAAAUGGCGACACUUUUAAAACUAUUGAUAGUUUUUCCCAAAGUGGAUGAUGAUUUAACUUUUGUGAGGUCUGAGGCUAAAAAAUUUUUUGAAGGAUAUAAUUCAGAAAAAAAUUUAACAUGCACUGUUGACAUUGGCCGCCAAGCAAAAAACAUUGAUGUUGAUCUUAUAUAUAAAGCAGGUUUAACAGAGUUGGAAGUCAUAUUAGAAUAUAAGGAGAAACCUGACUUCCAUUGUGGUGAUCAGUUCAAAAACAUUGUGAAAAACUGGUGUGACAGUGAAAAGAAUGAGCUGUCCAACUUAUGGUUGCGAUUUGCAGAUCGUUCUGUGCUUAAAAAUAAGGGAAAGCAGGUCCAUGGUGAUGUAGAUGUUAAAGAAAUAGCUUUUGGUACAACUCCCAAUACACAAACAUUUAUGCAACAUUAUCAGUUUGAAAAUAAGAACAUUGAAAAAGAGUUGAGUGGCUCUUUUUUUCAUAAUCAACGAUACUUCAUUAUCUAUUUGUGUCCAUGCCAUGAAAAAAGGUGUCAAAGUAAGUCUUUAACAUAUAAGUUCCGAAUUGUGUAUCAUGCAUUGAUGCGUGUAAUUAUAAAUGACGACCCAGACAGUGAGUCCCUACAAUUGUAUUUUGUUAUGAAACAUAUUCCCUUAAUUUAUAAAGAAAAAAAGAACGAUAAAGAUGACAAGGAAGUUGAUGAAAUUAAAAGUGGCAACCGGCAACAGUUCUUAGCAAGUGAUCAAGAAUACCAGCAGAAAAAAUGGGAACGAUCAUUGACUUUUGGUUGUUCUUGCAAUAAUUCCCUCUGUGAAAUCGAUAAGGUUGGAAGGUGUCCAGUUUUUAAAGUAGCCAUUCCUAAAACCAGAGCUUUUGGUAUAGUUGUGCGGCUUAUCCAACGUUGUACUUCUAACACUUCUUUUUACUUUUCGUGUAUUCAAAGAGUUAAAUUACCACCUAGAGUUAAAUUACUAUCUGAAUUUGAUAUCUUUCCUUUUGAUCAACAGUUUUUUCAAGAUGUGUCUGAUAAAAAUUUUGCUUCUGAUAUUAAAUUUAACUGUCAGUAUGCUUGGGAGGUUAUGUUUGGAAGAUCUUUGGAAGUUAAAGAUCAAGUAAUACUUAAAUAUAUAACUCAUGAAAGAUCUGUAAAAGAUCACUGGGAAUCUAUAAAGAAGGAAAUACAAGAGACUGUUAAGCACAAAGAUGCUCUUGUCAAUACCCUGUAUCACAUCAGUGACAUUAUUACCAGGCAAGAUGUUUUUGUGUUUGAAAAAGCUUUUAGAAAACUUUAUGAACAUUAUCGACGAAAUCCGUCAAAAAUAGAUUUACCUGAUGGAAUGUGUCUCGUGCGCCGUCUUAUUAUGAUGCCCUCGCGUAUAAUAUGCCUUCAACCAAUGGAGCAUUUUGACAAUCGUGUUAUCCGAGAAUUUGGUUCAGAAAAUAUAUUACGUGUUUCUAUUCAAGAUGAUGAUUUUUCAAAACUAACUUUUGCUGUUCAGUAUCACACUCAAAAAGACAAGUUCAUGGAACGAUUCACAAGACGGCUGAUUGAAGGUGUUAGAAUUGGACCUAGACACUAUAAUGUUCUAGCUGCAUCGAAUAGUCAACUUAGAGAACAUGGUUUGUAUUUAUUUGCUAAGGAUUGCAAUGGAAACACUGCUGAAAACAUCAGAAAGUGGAUGGGAAAUUUUUCUCACAUAGAAAAUGUCGCAAAAUAUGUGGCUCGCUUAGGUCAAUGUUUUUCUACUUCUGAAGAAGCUGUUCAAAUAAAGUUAAUGGAUGAGGAUGUAAUAAGCAUUCAAGACAUAAAAAAUGACAAAUAUACUUUUUCUGAUGGAGUUGGUAUGAUUUCAACUAAACUGGCUAAAGAGAUUCGGAAAGCAUUUCGUGAUAAAGAUCCACUAAAUAUUUUGGAUGAACCUAUUUACAACCCAUCUGCUUAUCAAAUACGAUUCAAGGGAUGCAAAGGAAUGGUUACUGAAAAUCCAAAUUUGGAAGGACGUAAACUUGCAACACGUCCAAGUAUGGAAAAGUUCUUUUGUGAAAGUUCAAAUAUGCUGGAAAUUGUGAAGAUAAGUGCUCCAAGAGCUCUUUUCCUGAACCGACCUUUAAUUUCACUUCUGGAGCAGCUUGGAAUUUCAGCUAAUGUUUUUCUAAAGCUUCAGAAAAAAAUGGUCAUGGACUUGACCGAUUCUCUCAUUUACGAGAGAAAAGGUCGUAUGUUACUAGCUAACAGAACAGGUCUAGAUUUUCCUUAUAAGAAGCUGUUAAAUUCUGGCAUCUGUCUUACGAAAGAACCUUUUUUUCGCCGCCUUUUACUUUCUGUAUAUACAGUUGCUAUUGAUCAACUGCGUUCAAAAGCUAGAAUUUUUAUUCCACCUAAGUUUGGGAGAAAUAUGUUGGGAGUUAUUGAUGAAACUGGUACUCUAAAUUAUGGUGAAGUAUUUGUACAAUAUUCUGAGGAAAUUGGUAAUCAAACCUCACCUACUCAUGUGCUGACUGAAACUAUUGUGGUCACUAAAAAUCCUUGUAUGCAUCCUGGAGAUGUUAGAAAGCUGGAAGCUGUUGAUGUGCCAGAAUUGCGUCACAUAAAAGAUUGCAUUGUCUUUCCUGCUCACGGACCUCGACCACAUCCUGAUGAGAUGGCUGGUUCUGAUUUGGAUGGGGAUGAGUAUGUUAUCAUUUGGCACCCGGAUUUAAUAUUUCAACGAGAUAACUGUAAGCCAAUGAACUAUCCACCAAAUGAAGAAAAGAAACAUGUUGGAACGAUUACUGUUAGAGAGAUGGUUAACUUUUUAUCGAAAUAUAUACAAAAUGACAAUAUUGGUGUGAUGGCCAAUGCUUAUCUUGCUUGGGCUGAUUGGCACAACAGAGGCAUUUUCUCUAAAGUUUGUUCUGAAAUUGCUCAAAAAUAUCCCAGAGCCCUUGAUUUUGCAAAGUCUGGCACAACAGAAUACCUCACACCAAAUCAGAAGCCUAAAUUGUACCCAGAUUUCAUGGAAAAAGGCUCCAAUAGAAACAGUUAUAAAUCAAAGAGAGCUUUAGGACCCCUAUACAGAGUUACACGCUCUUUAGAGGCUUGCAUUAGUAAAGUGGAUAUAUUCAAUCAAGAAAUUGCCAUCGAUGAAGACUUGGUGUAUCCUGGAUACGAAAAUUAUGAAGAAUCUGCUGAAAUUCAUCGACGAGAAUAUGUUAAACGGAUAAAAAACAUUUUGAAAAAGUAUGGUUUGCGAAAUGAAGCAGAAGUGCUGUCUGGUUACAUAGGCCGAAUGAAUGAUUACAAUGAAAACCGUUAUGAUCGUGAUAAUGCACUUUCAGUUGCUAAAACAUAUAUUAAGGAUGCCAUUAAACAUUAUCGAUACAAAUUUGAAGAAUCUUUUUACAGCGAAUGUGCCACCAUCGGCACGCUCAGAGGGGACUGGAAGGAAAUCAUCAGGUAUCGAAGGGCAUCUGCAUGGUACAUUGUCACUUAUAGAAACCCUGACAAAUCCGUUUUGAGCUUUCCCUGGAUUCUUUCAGAUAUUCUUUGUGAUUUAAGAGAAAAAGUUGUUAAAACUAGAGAAUCUCCUAUUGUACCUAAAAGUUCAUUUAUUGAUGCAUCUAAUAAAAGUCUGAAUGAGAGCUUUGCUAGAAUUAUGCAAACACAGUCUUAUGAGUGUCACUGUUAUUUAAUACUGAGGGAUAUAAUUGGGAACUGGUUCAAUAAAUCUUCUUCGAUGUUAACAAUGUCUGCAGAAGAAAGCUUUUGCAUCCAUUGCCUCGAGAGAAUCUUCAAUAAAUUCAGAGCGUUAUCUGGAAAAACAUGUUGCUCAAUUCGAAAGACAGGUGACUGCGAGUGCGAGGCAUCCUGUUCUCCAACUAAGUUAAUACUGGAUUUCAUGAAGUUCUAUGCCACUGAGGUUGUAGAUGAUAUUGGUGUUUGCGGACAAUCAGCCAGCUGUGAUGGAUUCGGAAAUUUAAAUUUGCAAUCUCUUGCUCUGCAAAGCUAUGCCACAUUAGCUGUGACACGGAAUAUAUAUACCUUAACAUCGAACGAAAAGGUUAAUGAGUUAGGAUCUGUUAAUGAUUGUGAAGAAGGAGACCCAAUAAGAGUUUCAAUACCAAAAGGAAUGGAAGAUAUUAUCACACAUCAUGAUGUUGAACUUUCUGAUUUAUUAAAAACUUUGUCUGGAGUUAAAGAUAUAUUUAUGUCAGGUGAUAAAGACUAUAAAAAUAAUUGGCAUAUUUUAGUUCACUCCAUUGGUAAACCUCAUCAAAGAUGGUCGUUAGAAGAACUGAUAAUGGAUGAAAAAAUUGAUCAAUUAGUAAGAUCAAAAUUAAAACUCCCAUGAUAAUAUGGUAUUUUGAAUUUCGUUUACAAAUAUAUUUUAACAGGUUAAGAUUUUCUAAGAGAUUUUAACUAUUAAAUAUUUUUAUGUGACAAAUUUUUUGUGAAAAUAUUUAAACACAAUGUAGUCAUAACUUUUCAUUGUAGUUAUAGCAAUAUAUUUAAAUCUACUUAAUGAAGCAAUUAAAAGUGCAAGUUAUCCAAACUUCAGACCUUAGCCAAUUGCUAAAUAGUCUUGCUCAGCUGAACUAUUUCGCUGCCAUCUUUGUUUCUGUUCAAUAAACAAAGUAUUUUUUUUUUAAAGGAAAUCAAAUAUUUUAUUUAACAUUUCAAAAAAUUUUAUAUCAUUUUUAAAAUUUUAAUGUUUUUCAAAUAUUCUGCAAAUAUAUGAAUAGUAUAUAGGUAUUCUAAUAAUGAAAGUCAUUAACUUGUAAAACAUGUAUUAUACCCUGCUAUGUUUCAUAAUUUUAACAUACAGGAAUGUAAGUAUUGAAACUUGUUAAAAUUCAAUAAUUUUUAAGCUCAAUAAAAUAGUGUGAGCUUUUCCAUUUUCUAAUUCCUAAAUGUGAGCACUUUGACAAUGUUUGUGUAAUACUAUAAUUUUAAUAUAUCUGGAACAUUUUAAUAGAAAAAAAUUGCUCUACAUUUCUAAAAAAUUUUUUUUUAACAAACCUGCCAAAUUUUAUUGUAUGAAAUCUAAUUUUUUUCACACUGUUGAAUGCACAAAACAACAGUUGUUUUGCUAAGUUGUAUUGAUAGAAACUUUUAAUUAUUUGGUUAUAUGUAUGUACCAAAAAAAAAAAUAUAUAUAUCCCGAGUAACUUUCGAUCGAAUGGUUGGAGCUUAACCUUAAUUCAAUCAUUCUUAAUGAUUUAGGGGACUGACCACAAAUAUGCUGUUUAUUUAAAAUUUGAUUUUUCAGGAACCAUGCAACCAAUUUUGCGCCAUUUUUUUAUUUUGCUGCA